AUGAUUCCUGUUCGCCAAUUUUUCUUCAUACUUUUGUUAUCAGUAGUAUCAUCGGAAACAUCUUCUAUAUACGAAGUGCUUGAACAACACGGCCUGCCGAUGGGCUUACUUCCAAAAGGCGUUACAAACUUUACACUGGAAGAAACUUCUGGAAAAUUCGAGGUUCAUUUGGAUCGAUCUUGCCAUUCCAAGUUUGAAACUGAAUUGCACUACGAUCGGAACAUUUCGGGCAUCUUGCGUUACGGACAGAUCGAUGGAAUGUCCGGGAUUUCUGCACAGGAUUUGUUCUUAUGGUUUCAGGUUAAGGGAAUUCGGGUCGAUAUUUCGAGCUCCGGGUUGAUUUGUUUUGAUGUGGGUGUUGUUUCUAAGAAAUUUUCGUUGUCUUCUUUUGAAACUCCGAGGGAUUGCUUGGUGGGUCAGGAACCGGAUCUUCAGAGUGGAAGACAUAUAGUGGACAUUAUUUCUAAGAUUUCAUCUGGGAAGCUCCAAAAACGGCUCGAUUUUGAUGAUAUUGCAAGAACAACAUUGUAG